AUGCACGACGAGGGUCUUGAAUGCCCCAUACGUAUCAUCGAUUCUAAAAGUGGUCACAGUCUAGACGCACUCAAACUCUUACAACUUCGUCAAUCAUCGGCGUUGGGAUCUUUGAAGGUUUGUCAUUAUGAAGGCGUUAAUGAAGCUGGCGAACAUAGUGCAUUGAGUGUCUGCUCACUUCAUCAAAUUAGUGGAAUUUUAACGAUAAACGGUCGAAAGUUUGUGUUGGAUGUGAAAGUAAAUGGUAGUUUCGUGUUGUUACCUCAACAGUCGAAUCGAUGUGGUGAGUGCGAAUGCGAUAUUGAUUGGAACGAAAAAAUAGAAAGGGCCAAACGAGAUAGAUCUUCUUCUGCAAAAGGCGUUGGUGGAACACGUACGGCCGAAUAUUAUUCCGAGUUUUUGGAUGGUCGUUGGCGAUAUGUGGAACUUGCACUAAUUGCUGAUUAUUCUGUGUAUGUGAAAUAUGAAAAGAAUACAACCGAGGUUCAGGAACGUCUUUCAACAUUGGCGAAUUUUGUGAAUUCGCUCUAUCAACCGUUAAAUAUACGUGUUGUUUUGGUAUGGGCUGAUGUUUGGACUGAAACGAAUCCGAUUGAAGUGAUUUCGAAUUCUGACAAAACGCUCUCAAAUUUUUUGGAAUAUCGUAAAAAACUCAUUAAGCCACAUCCGCACGACAAUGCUCAUCUCUUAACAAAUGUUCACUUUGAUAAUAACAUCGUUGGUAAGGCAUAUAAAGGAACAAUGUGCUCAUUCGAUUAUUCGGGUGGAGUGGAUAACGAUCACAGUGAUAAGGCAGCAUUCGUAGCCGCAACAAUAGCGCAUGAAAUGGGUCAUAAUUUUGGUAUGGAGCACGACAGCAGUUAUACAGAUUGUAAGUGUCCGUCAAGAGGAUGCAUUAUGGCGCCAUCAACCGGCAUCACUCCACCGACGUUUUGGUCAGAUUGUAGUCUUCGUUAUUUACAACAUAGUUUGAAACGCGGAGCCGAUUACUGUUUGCAAAACGCUCCAGAAGGUGCGUUCGGUGGAGCUCGAUGCGGUAAUGGUUUGCUGGAAGCCGGAGAGGAGUGCGACUGUGGAACAGUUAGUCUAUGUACAAGUAAAUGUUGUAAUGCAGAAACAUGUAAAUUGGUGGAUGGAGCGCAAUGUGCUAGUGGUGAAUGUUGUGAUUCGCAGACGUGCCAAGUGAAAAAAGCAACGAUCAUCUGCCGUCACGCAACAAAUUCGUGCGAUCUUCCUGAGUACUGUGAUGGUCAGAUGGAGCAUUGUCCCGCUGAUUUCUUUGUGCAAGAUGGCUUGAAAUGUCCUGAUGAUCCUACGGAUUUUUGUUAUGAUGGUAAGUGCGGGAAUCGUGAUCAACAGUGUCGUUUCAUAUGGGGAUCAACGGGUUCGAAUGCUGCAAAAGAAUGUUAUCAACUGAAUAUUCAUGGUAGUUCGUCUGGUAACUGUGGUUAUGAUCAAAUCACGAACCAAUUCGCUACUUGUGAUAAACGAGAUGUGGAGUGCGGCCGAUUACAUUGUAAUCAUGAAAACGAAAAAUUGGCGUUUGGUGAUCCCACAAGUGUUUAUUCGGCAUAUACCGCUUUGCGACUAUCGAGUGGUGAAGAGGUGGCGUGUCGUGUGAUAUGGACUAAAUUAGUUGGUGGCAAAAGGCAACCUGAUCCCGGCAUGGUUCCUGAUGGUGCAUCAUGUGGUGCUUCCUCUGACCGUAUGUGUGUGCAAUCGAAAUGUGAAAAUCGGAGUGAUAAAGUGAAAUUAGCACCGAAGUGUGAUCCAGAAGGAUGUAACGAUGCGGGUAUUUGCAACAAUAUGGGUAAUUGUCAUUGUGAGCCUGGUUAUGGUGGGAUCAGCUGUGCAAUACCGGGUCCGGGUGGUUCAGUGAACAGUGGACCGGCAUCUGAAGGCAGUGUCAUUCAUGUCGGUUACGUCGUCUUCUGGCUUCUUCUCUUAUCUGCGAUUGUGUUUAUUCUUGCGUCUAUUUUUGUAAAGCGGAAGAAGAAUAUUUGGUUACAUAAACAGAUAUGGCAUCAUUUGAAAGAAGUGUUGAAACUGCAUCGACUACUAGUGCCCGUUCGCAAGGCACCAGCACCACCUGGACCACCGAUACGAACUGCAGAAUUGAAUGCUGUUUGGGGGGAUAACCCGUCAGAUGUUUUGAGGCGUAGCACCAAUUCGAAGACAAACAACGCUCGUCUUCACUCACAGCCAUCUCCACCGCCUUUCUCACCACCCGUCAUUCCAUCUGCCAGUUUUAGUCACUCUACCAAUAACAAUAAUAACAAUUUUCUUGCACGCAACACUAGUCAACGACCUAAAAAUGCUCCACCAAAGAUUCCUGUACGACCAGAUACAGAUGUGUUGAAUGCUUUAUACGCUGAACAUAAUGAUGAAUUACACUACGCAGUUCCUCCAGCAUAUGAUUAUCGUCCAAAAGUUGAUCAUAAUAAUAGUGAUAGUAAUAAGUGGAAUAAUCCAAGUAAGAAGCCACAAGUGAAUCAAGUCGAGAGUACAACAAAUCGACCAGUGAAAGCGCCGCCACCCCCUCCUCCGGCUCAUAGGAAACCACCGCCUGGAUACGAUCAAGUGAGUAAUUGUGUGGAAGAGGGAGAGGUCGUUGAGAGCGAGAGGAAGAAACGAGCUGCAAAGCCGAGACCACCGACGAAACCAGUGAUCGUUGGCAAUAGUAAUGGUAAAUCGAGUAUGGUGAAGAAUAUUGCAGCAAAAUUUGAUUCAAAAUCUGCAAAACUCUCCACAAAUUUCUUAUGA